GGCCACACGUUCGCAUCCCCGGACGUGGACACGUAACGCUGCGCGGCCGGUAUAAAACGGGGCGGAACGGCCGGCAGCUCCAGAGGAGAGCCCGUCUGGGAGGAGAAGAGCCGAGGUAGCUAGCUAGGAUCGAUCGAGCGAUUGACAUGGACAGGCCAGAUCACCACGACCACCAGUUCUUCAUGCCGCCGCUGGUGCAGCAGCCGCCGCAGCAGCUGUGCGUGCCGAUGAUGGACGAGCAGUCGUUCUUGGUGGGGAGGGGCGGCGGUAGUGGAUGUGGAGCGCCAGGGAGGGGGGAGAGGAAGCGGCGGUUCACGGAGGAACAGAUACGGUCGCUGGAGUCCAUGUUCCACGCGCACCACGCCAAGCUGGAGCCGCGGGAGAAGGCGGAACUGGCGCGCGAGCUGGGGCUGCAGACGCGGCAGGUGGCCAUCUGGUUCCAGAACAAGCGCGCCCGGUGGCGCUCCAAGCAGCUCGAGCACGACUACGCCGCGCUCCGCGCCAAAUACGACGCCCUCCACGUCCGCGUCGAGUCCCUCAAACAGGAGAAGCUCGCCCUCACCGCACAGUUGCACGAGCUAAGCGAGAGGCUGAGGGAGCGGGAGGACGGCGGCAGCGGCGGCGCGACGAUGGCAAGCAGCAGCAGCUGCAACGGCGGCGGCGAGGAAGCAGAGGACGACAAGAGGAACGUCCUCGGGUGCGCUGACAUGGAGCCGCCCGAGAGCUGCGUUCUCGGCGGGGCGUGCGCGACGCCGGCGGACGUCUCGGUGGAGUCCGAGUGCGACGACCACCGGGUCCACCACCUCGACUACGGCGAUGGUUUCCCCGAUUCCUUCUGCGCCACGCCGGAGCUGUGGGAGCCCUGGUCGCUCGUGGAGUGGAAUGCGGUGGCCUGAAAUGGAGAGAAACAGUACAUAGGUUUGUGUGUGUAACUUACGUGCAUGGUGCCAUGGUGCUCCCGAAGUCUCGAUGGAGGCGACUGGGGCCGGUCGGACCGGGCCAAAGACGGGAAGGGCAGAGUAGUAGGGAAUUUAUAUAUAUAAUAUUUACAAAAUUACUUGUUUUAAAAAAUUACAACAAUAACCUACGGGUAUCACCUCAUAAACGAACAAUAUCUUGUUGGCUCCAUUUGUCAUAAUAUAAUAAAUAUGGUGAUAUGUCAAUGUUUUGUCUCUUCACCGGGUGAGAUCUUGUGGUUAUCCGGUGAAAAGGUGACACAUUGAUCUCGCUCAGUGAACGGAUGACAGUAAGGUGUCGUCUAAUGUAUAAGUGACACCUUGCUAUGGCUGAAUUUUAUUUUAUUUACUAUUCUAUUUUAUUUACGAUAAAAUAGGUGUAUGUGUAUUGUAAAUUUUUUGUCGUUGAUCCAUCCAGUGUCAUUUGAUGCUUGUGCCAUAUUUUAAAUACUGAA